ACUUCUGCCACUGCCUUCACUUCCCUACAGGUGUUAGAGCUGCGUCGGCCCAUGGACUCUCGCCUGGAGCAUGUGGACUUCGAAUGCCUUUUCACCUGCCUCAGUGUGCGCCAGUUGAUCCGAAUCUUUGCCUCAUUGUUGUUGGAGCGAAGAGUCAUUUUUGUAGCAGAUAAGCUCAGUACCCUGUCCAGCUGCUCUCACGCGGUGGUGGCCUUGCUCUACCCCUUCUCCUGGCAGCACACCUUCAUUCCUGUCCUCCCAGCCUCCAUGAUUGACAUUGUCUGCUGUCCCACCCCUUUCCUGGUUGGCCUGCUCUCCAGCUCUCUUCCCAAACUGAAGGAGUUACCAGUUGAAGAGGCACUGAUGGUGAAUCUGGGAUCUGACCGAUUCAUCCGACAGAUGGAUGAUGAGGACACAUUGUUACCUAGGAAGUUACAAGCUGCUCUGGAGCAGGCUCUGGAGAGGAAGAACGAGCUGAUCUCCCAGGAUUCUGACAGUGACUCUGAUGAUGAAUGUAAUACCCUCAAUGGACUGGUGUCAGAAGUGUUUAUCCGGUUCUUUGUGGAGACUGUGGGGCACUACUCCCUCUUCCUGACACACAGUGAGAAGGGAGAAAGGGCUUUUCAGCGAGAGGCCUUCCGCAAGUCUGUGGCCUCCAAAAGCAUCCGCCGUUUUCUCGAGGUUUUUAUGGAGUCUCAAAUGUUUGCUGGCUUCAUCCAAGACAGGGAGCUAAGAAAGUGUCGGGCAAAGGGCCUCUUUGAGCAGCGAGUAGAGCAGUAUCUAGAAGAGCUCCCUGACACUGAGCAGAGCGGGAUGAACAAGUUUCUCCGUGGCUUAGGCAACAAGAUGAAGUUCCUCCACAAGAAGAAUUAAAUGCCUUUUCCAGUAGCAGAAUUUAGUGCUUUGCAGAGCCUGGGUGAGGGCCCUACGUGGGACCCUGUGGGCUGCUGUGGCCAUUCUGAUCCUACAGACCCCACCCCCAAGCCAGUCCACCUCUGCCUUUACCAUAUCCCAGGAUACUGUUUGUAAAUAAUAUGCUGUAAGCGUUAACUGUUUCUGUAACAAGCAGAGAGAAUCUGGUAAAUAUUUGUAUAUUCCCAAAGGGCCAGGUGCUUUCCUGCCUUGCCUGAGCAUUGAUGGAGUCUUGCUGGGUGCUGGUGACUGGCCAAUUAUGUGCAGCCGACUGUCUCAGCCAAACCACUGAUGUUUCUCGAAGACUUCUGGCCUGUCUGCCUGCGGCCCCUGCUGCCAGUCUCGGGCCCUGGAGAGCAGGUGCUAUUUUAAUUAUGUACAAGAGGACUGGUUUUUGUUGUUUUAAAUUCUAGAGUUACUAUUUUUCUUCUUAGUAGUCCCCAUUAUCUCCUAAGCCUGUUUCUGAAAGGCAGGGACCACUCUGCCCCUAUUUGCAAUGUAGAGCCAGGCACUUAAGCCUGGUCCUCUCUUGUUCCACCCUCUGACAUGGUCAGUGAGUCAUGGGAAGUGCAGCUCCCAGUCAGUGGUGGCCAUGAUGCGGUACAGGGCAUUUCUUCCACCAUCCACAGAUGUUCUCAAUAAACUGUACAUUCAUCUGGGUCAA